GUUUGUUCCUGGCCGUCUGAUCGUCGCGUCCCUGUCGCGUCCUGCCUGUCUGGGAAACCAGGCACUUUCUCCAACUCCCCGCCUGACAGAACUGCCACACGCGAGAAGGCGGGCCUGCUCCUACGCAGUCUCUGUUCCUCCGCUGCCCCUUCGCCCUCCCCGUGGGCUUCCUUCCUUCCUCGACCGAGCUCGCUGAAGUCGUCCUGGAUGCAGUCGCCCUGAGUGCGAUUGUUACCGACAAGACUUCCAGCGCGAUACCCCAGAGGUCGCCUUAUCAGCUCAGCCCGUCGUGUCUGGUUUGUGAGGAAGAUUCAAUCAACGGGCAUGGCGUACAACCAUUUUGUGCUGCUCUUCGGAGCAACGUUCGCCGCCUUUGUCCUCCUGGCGGUGAGGUUCGGGGUUCUGGGCUAUUGCUCCGGCAGUUGUUCAGCGACGAAUUUCGGGUACCAUUACGGCACCGAGAUCACCACGACCACUUCGACGAUCCUCGUCCUCUUCCCCGCAGCGGCCGGCGUGAGCCUGCUGUUCAUGCUCUGCCUCUUUCCGCUCAUCUGCGGCCCGCGCAUGCACGUUCCGCACUUCCUCCUCGCCAUUCUCUCCGUGGCCGCCUCCGCCUGCUCCAUCGCCGCCUUCGUCGUCGGUGCCUACCUCUCUGCCUCCGUCAUCUCCGGCUUCAAACACGCAGGCGACUCGACGAACCUCGGCGCUGCGUUGUGGAUGUCUUUGGCGUCGGCCGUCGUCCUCACACUCGUCGCGGCGAACGUCGGCCUCGGCACCUGCUUCGGCAGCCGACUAGGUCGGAAACCGUCUUACGUCUGACUAACUUAUUCGCCUGCCUUCCCACUCGCUUGGUCAAUGCUCGCUCUUUGUUUUCAUGUCGCUCUCUCUCUCUUGGUAGCAUUUUUGGGUGCAACAACCAACCCCACGUCGUCUUGCCUACGCAUCCGCUCCGCUCCCUGUCUUGUUUGGUUCGUUUUCGUCGCUUCACUUUGGGCUUUGGGAUUGGUGGUGUACGCUGUUCGAUGGCUCACGCGCACAAAUGCUUUACUCAUUAUACCGGCAUCUAGCAUACGUAGAUCAGGGCUUACGCAUGACGACUGUAGAAUACCGUUCCGCGCGCUCUCGCGUGCGCACUCACUCUCAUUUGACCCUCGGCCUCGUCUUCAGUGGAAGGCUGGUGCUGUGCUACGACGGUGCGCUUAACGAGGCCAG